ACCCUCUAUCGUUCGACACCCAGUCGCAAUACGCGUGACAGUCUUGGCUUAUGAAAUACCCAGUCGGAGACUGCAGAGUACCCAACGAGCGCUGAGUGCGUGCUGUGUGAGUGAAUUGCGGAGAGAGAGAGAGCGAGAUGGAGAGAGGCGCCAUGGGCCGCGGCGAGGGGUCGGAGGAGGCGAGGGGCAGGGAGCGGGAGUGGGAGGAGGCGGCGGAGGCGGUGGCGUACGACUCGUGCACCUGGCCGCCGCCGGUGGUGGUGGUGUGCGGCCCCGGCAACAGCGGCAAGUCCGCGUUCUCCCGCCUCCUCCUCAACACCCUCCUCGCAAGGUAUAAGAGGGUGGCGUACCUGGAUACCGAUGUUGGCCAGCCUGAGUUCACACCUCCAGGUUUUGUAUCACUUCAUGUACUUGAGGAACAAGCUAAAGAUUUGACAAUGCUAUACCUGCGGGCUCCAAAGAGGUGCUUCUUUUUUGGUGAUGUUGCUGCACACAAGAACCCAAAACUUCUCUUGAGCUACAUCUUUGGGCUUUAUGAUUAUUUUCUUAAAGAACUCUAUCGCUUCAAUGAGGCUGAUAACCCUCACAAAUCAGCUAUACCGAUUGUUAUCAACACUUCAGGAUGGGUGAAAGGCAUUGGACUUCAUGUUCUGUCAGAGAUACUGAGAUACGUAUCCCCAACCGAUGUUAUUCGGCUAAACACCACAGCAGAGGGUAAAAAUUUACCAGGUGGUGCGUUUUGGCUGGAUGCACACAAGGGAGAUUCACAGGUUAAUCUAGUUGAAAUUCGCGCUGCACAGAACUCUCCUCGACAUCUGUUGGUGAAGAAAGAGGCGCGGAUGAUUCGUGACCUCAGACUGAUUGCAUACUUCAGGCAGUGCUUGCCGAGGGACUUUCCUAUUUUCUCUUCUGAUGAUUUAGUGCAAGGCAUUGCUGCUAUAGACCCAUUUCAGCUUCCUAUUUCAAAAAUACAGGUUAUUGAUCUGCACAGCCAGAUUUCUGGUGAUUCAGUAUAUGACUUCUUGGCUGGUACUAUCGUCGGUAUUGGAUCAAGUUCAUCUGUCCCUUUGUCAACGGAAUGCUCAUCCCCUUGGUGCAUGGGACUUGGUUUCGUCAAGGCUAUUGAUAUUCCAGGAGACUGCAUUCAUCUGAUAACACCUGUUCCUCAUCAGCUUCUAGAAAAUGUUGACAUCAUUUUUCCAAGUUGUAUCGCAGUACCCGACGGCCUCUUUCAGGUGCCAAACACAGUGGAUGAUAUAACUGCCAGGCUGAGAGAUCUGUAGAGACCUGCAGAUGUCUACAAACAAUUAUGACCGUCGGGGAUAAGCAACUUCACAUAUCUCGGUUGCCAUGAACAACCAGCCUAUGAAAAAACAUCACUAUACCUUUGACAUGUAUGGAACUUCAUAUCAGUGUAAUUUCUGCCAAACUGGCCUUGAACAACCUGAUCAGAUUACACAAGUUGAUGGCCAGGACAAAGACAUGUACUGUAUUGCAAUCUCGUCCUGUUACUGAACCUGUAAUUUUUAUUUUGUUUUAGUAUACAGAUGUCGUAUGACAGACUAACAUUACAUGUCCUGGAAAUAUGUCUAGCUAUCCUUGUUGCC